CUUGUGAAGACCACCGUCGGCCAGACCGUAAACCUGCAGCGAGGUCAGGGGUGGACUUACGCAGGAACGGGGGUCUUACCUUAACCGGUCGGACCGCGAGGACGGAAAACCUCUAUAAAAAACCCCCAAUCCCAAGCUAUUGGACAACGCGGCGAGGGGAUGAAUGGCUGGUGGGAAACCAGUCUCUAGCGUUGACCCCCGACGGGGCACAUGUCGCACCUCGGAGGGUUACUCUUAGACCUUCCCCGGCUACAGGGGGCACUGGCCGGGGACGACGACCCAAUCCCCCAUACUCGUGGGAAUCCAAUGGAAUCUACAUUUAAAAAACCCAAUGAAGAAGGAAAGGAGGUCGAAGAAGGGAGGAAGACUCGGUCUACUAGUAGACCGAGUCUAGCUGAAGAUUUGGUGGCGAGGUCGCCUCGGGUGGUGCUUGAGCGCAUCGCCUCGCCCCAGGAGACGGAGUGUCACUCACGUGACAGCUCCUCAGGAAGGUCGGACCGAAAGCGUCCCAGACGGGAUGCUUCGGACGACAGGAUGUCCGUGGGGGCGUACGCCGCUUCGGACUGUGACAGCGAGGUGUCCAUAGCCUCGUCGACACGGUCCCGCGGCUGCGUCACCCACGGGCGAUAUGUCGGCCUGCACAGGCAGAGAGAAGAGUAUCGGCGGCUCGCCGUGGAGUCAGCGUUGCCGUCCGAUACGCUUAAAGAAAAGGAGGCCGAAGAAAAACUGAAGAGGGAUGAGAGGGCGGCGGUCCGGGAUCUGCUGAGUUCUGGACUCCAGCCGCUUGACCCCUCUUCAGCAAAGGCCAAAAUUGAGGACAGCCUGAUGGCGAUCUUGGAGGUGGCGCGCACCUCCAAGAAUAUAAAGGGCUGCCUCAUAAAACGGCUCAAAGAUGCGGUGGAAGAUAUUCAGGGCGGAAUCCGUGCCCUGACAGGUCCCACCGCAGAAAAACUAAUGGCCGAGAAUGCUCGCCUCAGCAGGGAGGUCAAGGAGCUCCGGGACCAAGUUAAGUCUGUCCAGAUUCAGACAGCCCCGGCAGCCCUCGACUUUGAGGCGAUGCAGCGCGCCAUCAUGGUGUCCGUAGGGACCAUGAUGGACGCCAAACUGGCUGGGAUGUCGAGUCGACUCCCGCCAGAGCCAGUUCUGCGUCCGCCUCUAGCGGCGGACAGGAGACGAGCGGAGGCGGAGGCGUCGGGCCGUGGCCCCAAACCCGCCUACAACCAGGUGCUGAAGGCAGCCCCGGCCCCAAAGCCGGCGCCGAAAACAGCACCUAGGUCGGCGCCGAAACCGGUGCCGAAGCCGGCGCCGAGACUGGCGCCGAAGCCGACCCCAACGCCGGAUCCUAAACCGGCGAAGGGGAAGGCUAAGACGGUCGCGCAACCGGCGCCAGCUCUGGUCCCGGCGCCGGAAGAGGCGCCGGUUGCGAGCACAUCCGAGGCCGUGGACGAAGGGUGGACCACGGUCUCCAAGAAAAAGAAACCGCCGAAGCCGAAGGCGCCGGAGCGCCCCAAGGCUCAGCCCGAGAGGAGGAAGGAAGCCCCUCCUCAAAAGAAGAAGGGGGGCCCGAAGGCUGUCUCUGGAAAACAGCGGCGCAAGCGUGCGCAGCGCCAGAGACGCCUCGCUCGCACCGCCGCUGUGGUGUUAACCAUAACACCAGAGGCGGAGAAGGACGGCCUCACCUACGCCACGGUGCUCACCAAGGCGAGGGCUGGGGUCGACCUAAAUGCGAUGGGGAUCGACAUGGCGGUCGAUCCCAUCCGCAUUCGGAAGGCGCAGACCGGGGCUCGGGUGCUGGAGCUCCCAAAGAAUGUCGGUCAGGAGGCGGCUGAUGAGAUGGCCAAGAAACUCGAGGCCAUCUACGCCGGUGACGUCAGGGUCACCAGACCCGUCAGGUGUGCGGAGCUCCGGGUGUCAAACCUGGAUGACUCCGUCACCAGGGAGGAGAUCCUAGGCGUCGCCGCGCGGCAAAGCCAGUGCGCGCCUGACCGACUGAAGGUUGGAGACCUGAGGCCUAGCCCCGGUCAGAAAUUCAGCGCGGUGCUGAAAUGCCCGCUGGAGGCGGUACCGAGGCUGGUGACCACCAAGACCCAAAAAUUCUUGGUGGGUUGGAGCUCGGCGACGGUCGUGCAGAUGGAAGCACGGCCGAUGAAGUGUUACCGCUGCCUAGCACUCGGCCACACAAGGCCGGUGUGCAUGUGCCCCGCGGACCGCAGCGGUUUAUGUUACCGCUGCGCGAUGCCCGGGCACAAGGCAGCGGUGUGCAAAGAGCCGGCCAGGUGCGCGAUAUGCGCCGAGCUCGGUCGCGGUGCCGCCCACCAAAUGGGCAGCCGGGGAUGUGCUCCCCCGGCCCUUAUCAAGAAGCAAAUGGCCGCAUUGGGGAAAGUGCCCAAUGCGGCCACAUCAUCACGGGCGCAACCCUGUGAGGAGGAACGGAUGGACGACCAGUAAUGGAUAACGUCCGUCCACACUUCCUCCUCCAGGGGAACCUGA